AUGAACGAAAUCAAGUUGAGACUACCGAGUCUACCCACAGACAUACAUUGCCUUAUUCUUGAACAACUCUCGCACUCAGACUACGUGUCGCUUAGUCUUGUUUCACAUGCAUGUCGCAUCCAAUGCGAGCCUUUCAUGUUCCGAACUCUCGCCCUGGGCGCUCGUAAGCAACGAAAUUCCAGCACUCCUCUGAGUAUUACACACAGCCUUGAGCGGCAUGUUCGCAAUAUUUUCUCCGGUAUACUCAAGAGACAACGUGACAAUGAUCCCGCGAGCAUCAUCGAGAGUCUUGAGCGGCAUAAGGGUAGGCUCGCGAAUCUGGUGCGCCAUCUGGUGGUACCAUCGAAUGUUGACAAAACAUUUGUCUCCGCCAAGACGAUUCUGCGUAUCAUGAAAAGUGCAAAAAACCUCACAUCCUUUAGUUGGAACGCCAAUCAUCCUAUCCCCUCGUCUGUCCUCGCUGCUCUCCACUGUGACCAUCCUUCCGUCCACCUCAUGGUCACCAGCUGCAACCGCCAAGGUUAUCCUCUUGACGAAGCCCUUUUAUCAUCACCCCAACUUCACACUCUCGACUUGACCGUCAGCUGUACUCACCGGGGGAUAUACCACCUUGAGGAAGGGAUUUGUGAACUGACUUAUCUUAAAACCCUUUUGGUUCGAGGCGGCAACCUCAAGGUCUUACGAUUGCGUCUUAUCAGACUUGAACCUCAGUCGGAAGGAGCAAAAACUCAAUUCAAAGAAACCAUGGCUUGGGCUGCCGGUCCAUUCAAUUUUCGAUUCGAGGAAACUGAUAAAUUUCCCACGCUCGAGGAACUUGUCAUCUUACAAGGUGGCAGCUAUGAGCCUGCUUAUGAACUCAGCGCCAAGCACUGCAGUGACUGGUCAUAUGCUAUGGAUUGGAGUGAGAUGCGUGUCCUCAAUCUGGGUUCAUCCGACGCCGAACACUUGCUGCCGGAGAUUACAGGCUUAGUGCCGAAGCUCCACACACUUCGCUUCAACCCCUCCUCCAUCAAUCACAACAUCCUUCAAAGCUUUCUUGACAACUUACCGCAGUUGAAGGAUUUGACACUGGUGGCUGGUGAAACGUCGCAUGUAUACGUCCCGGGCUUUGACACAGCAGUCACCAAAGUUUGCAGCACCGUUGGACCACAACUCCAUACUCUUCAUAUUGACUGCGAGGUCCACUUGGCCAAAUCUUGGCUCCCAGGUCGGUUUCAGGAGAUACUGGGCUUUUGUCCGCAGCUGAGAUGCUUUGAAAGCGUUGUUGGCCCGCAGGUUGCUAUCGGCGAGUGGAGAGAAGAAAUGGUUGGCAUGUCGGCUUGCGAGAAAUAUGGGUUGAUGGAAGUGAAUGGGACUGUGGAACCAGGUAUGAUGUUUUAUGAUCCUUUUGUGAAAUAG